AUGGGCAAAAGCAAGUAUCGGACUCCGAAACCACAGGAUUCGCGAACGAAAUCUCGCCGCCUCGCCGCCAUCAGUGCGUCCGGAAUCCAUAGCGAUGAUGUUGGAAUCUUCGUCACCUGUGACAAGGGUCAGGAGAAGAAAUGCUUGCAAGAGCUAUCUGACUUGUUAGAUGAGUUGUUUGCGGCUGAACCAAGCGGUCAGCCCGUGGAGGCAACAUCAGACAUGAACCCAGACAACGGUGACGUGGGGGAGGUUGACAUCGAGGCCGAUGUCCUCGCUGAGUUGGACUCCUUAAGGACUAAUCGAGAGCCUCAGGAUGUGUCGUCACCGAAGUUCUCCUUUAUAACUCUCGAUAUUCCAUGCGUCUCCUUUGUACGGUUUCCUAGAAACACAUCUUUUGAUCCUGUUGAAACAGUCCGCAAAUUGUGCCUUUCGGCCUCGAGCAAGGAAGAUGCGGGGCCACGAAGUCGCUACAUCAAGAGACUCACUCCAGUCACUUUAAUUCGGAAGACCUUGAAUGAUGGACUGCAAUCAUUGUGUGAUCAAGUCCUGCCCAAACACUUUUCGAUCGAUGUUGACGUAGCCGACGAGGACGAGACAAGUUCCAAGAACGACGUUGAGCUGAAACAGCGACCAUGCAAGUUCGCUAUCCGACCGACAAUCCGCAACAACAACAAAAUUGGUCGAGACGAAGUUAUUCGCGCAGUCGCCGACAAGAUUACCGCUCUGGGACACGGAAAACACUCGGUCGACUUGAAAGGCUAUGACAAGCUUGUCCUUGUCGAUGUGUAUCGAAAUGUGGUUGGAAUGAGCGUGGUGGGAAGCGAUUAUGAAACAUUAAAGAGAUUUAACCUGGCUGAGAUCCAUGCUAGCCACUUCGACGAUGGUGACAAGAGGUCUGCAAAUGGUGAAACUUGA